CGCAGGGCAUGUGCGGGCGGGCGGCUCGGACCCCCGCGGGCGGCAUGGCGGAGGCGGCGGCGGCGGUGCAGGUGGCCUUCCCGGAGGCGACGCGCGCCCUGCUGGAGGCGCUGAACCAGCAGCGGGUGGAGGGGCAGCUGUGCGACCUGGCCAUCCACGUGCAGGGCCGCGUCUUCCGCGCGCACCGGGCGGUGCUGGCCGCCUGCUCGCCCUACUUCCACGACCAGGUGCUGCUGAAGAAUAUGAGCUCCGUGGAGCUGCCCAGCGUCAUGGACCCGGCCGCCUUCGAGCUGGUGCUGGGCUCGGCCUACACGGGGCGGCUGCGAAUGGCCCGCGACGACCUGGUCAACUUCCUGACGGUGGGCAGCGUCCUGCAGAUGUGGCACAUCGUGGACAAGUGCACGGAGCUGCUCAAGGAGCGCCAGCGCCGCCCCGACCUCGCCCAGGACGCCGCCGCCGCCGCCUCCUCCUCCGGCUGCUGCUCCGGAGGGCACGGCGGCGGGGAGAGCCAGUCGCCCAGCAGUAGCAGCUACUUCAGCCCCCGCCGGGACGGCCCCGAGCAGCCCCGCGCCGGGCCCCGCGUGGGAGGCGGCGGCGGCGAUCGGGACGAGGAGGGGCUCCGACGAGCCGCCCCGCGGCGCCUUCGCCCGCCCGACCCCUUCGCCCGCAGGGGCGCGCCCGAGCCGGACGAUGACGCGGCCAGCGACGGCGGCGGGGAGCCCGGCAGCAGCGAGGCCCGCCGGCCGGCCUACAUGCGGCCCAGCAUCGUCCCGCAGCGGCAGUGGGUGCCGGUAAAGAAGGAGCGCGGCGGGCGGGGCGGCGCGGCCGAGGAGGAGGAGGAGGAGGAAGGCCUGGUGCUGACCUGCGAGGAGGACGAGGAGCCGGCCGAGCCCGCCGCCCUGAGCAUCAGUGACGUCCGGACGUUAAGCGAGGCGGCGCCACCAGAGGAGCAGGUCAACUUCUGCGAGUCCUCCCAGGACGUGGUCUUCCCCCCGCCGGCCCCGCCCCCGCGGGCCCUCCUGCCGCUGGACCUGCAGGGCAGCCCACUGCUGCUCUUCCCCACCGGGGCGGCGGGGCCGUCGGGGCCGCCGUCAGUGGAGCACGGGGCGGUGCAGCUGUCGGGGGGCUCCGGGGAAGGCAACAAGAUCUUCCUGUGCCACUGCGGGAAGGCCUUCUCCCACAAGAGCAUGCGCGACCGGCACGUCAACAUGCACCUCAACCUGCGGCCCUUCGACUGCCCGGUCUGCAACAAGAAGUUCAAGAUGAAGCACCACCUAACGGAGCACAUGAAGACCCACACGGGCCUCAAGCCCUACCAGUGCCACGUCUGCGGCAAGAAGUUCAUGUGGAGGGACAGCUUCAUGCGCCACAAGGGCCACUGCGAGAGGCGCCAUCGCCUGGGUGGAGGAGGGACCCUCUCGGGCGCCCCUGCUGUACCUGCCAAGAAGGAGGCCUCGCCCUCUCGCGUCCCCGGGGAAGCCGAGUGGGCUGCUGGAAGGUCCCCCCGCAGCGAACUGGGCUUUGCCGGCAGCAGCAAGAUGGUGCAGACUUUUGGGGAAGAGCCCCUCCUUUUCCCAUGAAGGGGUUUUGCGAGGGACAGUUCCGAGAUGGCUGGAUGGCCGACUCUGUGUCCAGAGAAGAUCACACCAGUCAUUCUAUACACACACGCCAAGAAGCUGCACUCUGCUCUGGUCCCGACCUGGAAGAUGAGAAGCCCCCCCUCCCUUCCCGCACUGGUUUCAGAGGUCUCCUCUCUCUUCUCCCCCCCCCCAGUUCUUUCUGCCAUGAACGUCUUUCAAUUUCAUUUUGGCCUUUUCUAAAUGAAAGCCACAAAUUCUCUAUAAAUAUUUAUUGCUGUUUAAGCCCCCACCUGGCUUGGUUCUUUGCUGAUGCUGUCCUGGGCUGAGGAGAGGUUGGGGAGCUGGUGCUUGUACAGAGGAACGAGGGGAGGAAUGGGCUCUUCUUGCCCCCUGGUUGCUUCUGCCGCCUGGC